AUGAGCACCUCCCAGCCCUCAGUCUUCCACCCAGGAAACACCGCCCUAAUCACAGGCGGCGCCUCAGGAAUCGGUCUCGCCCUCGCAACAAAAUGCAAAUCCGCAAACAUGAACGUCAUCAUCUGCGACAUCAACACCGAAAACCUGUCAUCUGCUCAGACGGCCCUCGAAAAGGUAGACGGGAGCGGGAAAGUUAAGACGCUUCAGCUUGAUGUAUCGCAGAUCGAGAAUUGGGAGAAGGCUAAGGAGUUGGUUGAGUCGGAAUUUGAAAACAAACUCCACCUCCUCGCUCUCAACGCAGGUCGUUCCAUCGCCGCCCCCUCAAAGCCCUGGAGCGAUCCAAGUUACUUCACUAACACGCUAGCAACCAACACCUUUGGCAUCACGAACGGGCUGUGUGCGUUACUUCCGUAUGUCACGGGACAUGAGGAAUCUAGCAGUAUCAUCAUCACAGGCUCGAAACAGGGGAUCACGAAUCCACCCGGAAACGCAGCGUACAACGCCAGCAAAGCAGCCGUGAAAUCUCUCGCCGAAUCCCUUUCAUUCACCUUAAAGGAUAAGAAGAACACGAGUGUGCAUUUGCUCGUACCAGGCUGGACAUUUACGGGAAUGACGGGCGGCGGUGGGGUGAAGGAGAAGCCGAAGGGCGCGUGGUUUCCGGGGCAAGUAGUCGAGUAUCUCGUGCAGAAGAUGCAGGAGGGCAAGUUCUAUGUUAUUGUGCCUGAUAACGAUGUAAGUGAGGAGAUGGAUCGGAAGAGGAUGCUGUGGGAUCGCUUGGAUCUUGUGGAGGGACGGCCGCCGCUUACGAGGUGGAGGAGGGAGUUUGAUGGGGAGUUUAGGGAGUGGAGUGAGAAGAAUAGUGUUUGA